CUUAUUAUCGAAUGUUCGGGGAUGACUUGAAAAUAUGGUUGACAAUACUCUUAGGUUAUUUAGCCUUGCAGUCUUAUACUUCAAACUGAUAUUUGGUGUUACUACUACACAUCUAUUUAUAAUAUCAAUAUUUACUGAUGCUUGUGCGUCCGUAACCAUGGAGACAACGACCGAUGAUCAUCUAAACUCCCGUUGUUCGGUUUGCGCAUCCCUUCUUCCGCCACCGGGAUUUUGCAGUCCAACCGCUCUUCGGCAGGCCUCCAAUAGGGGCUGUACAAUAUGCACCCUUCUUUACACCGCAUUGUCAGAGAAACAUAACCUUAAUGACCCGAAAGUAGAACGUGUAGAUUCAAUUGGCGGCUACGGUUUCUUCAACCUCGUGGCAGGCACAGCUAAGCCCGGGUUUGGAAUGGGGUCUCUAUGGGAUCAUAUCUCUGUAACGCUGGCCCUAGACGGAGAAGGAUACUGUCCCUCGUCAUUAGCGUGGCUUCCUGUACAGAAAAAGUCACCUCUGUCGCGGACAAAGGAGCGGGAUAUUCAGGUAAUCAGAGACAGAAUUGAGAACUGUCGGACCAACCACCCAAAUUGUCCCGGCUUUCACCCCUCUCACAUUAAGAACUUACCAACUCGAGUCAUCGACGUUGGGCUCGAUGGAAAGAGACCUUUCUUAUACCACUCCUACAAGGGGGAAAGAGCCCGCUACUUGGCUCUAAGUCACCGAUGGGGCGACCCGAAAACACAAUAUAAGAAACUGCUAACCCUGACGGGGAAUGCAUCUUCUCACUGCAAAGGCAUACCCCUUGACGAGUUCCCGAGGACUUUCCGCGAAGCUAUCGAAGUGACACGGGGUCUGGGGAUCCAGUACCUCUGGAUAGAUUCCAUCUGCAUAAUCCAGGACGACGAAAAAGACUGGGAAGCCGAAGCAGGACGUAUGUGUGACGUGUACUCAAACGCCUUUGCUACCAUAUUCGCGGACCGGGCGAGACAUAGCGAUGACGGUCUCUUUCAGAACAGAAAGGACAGGGAGACUCCGCGCUCGGUCCGAGUUAUCGAGUACAAAGAUAACGACUCCGAACCCGCCGCUAGAGUCCUCCUUCAGACUCAGAUCAACACGAACAUCGCAAACUUCGCCACGGAAGUGCGCGAGCUCUUCUGCCAGGCGGACCAGAGCGCGAGCCAGCUUACCGGACGCGGGUGGAUCCUGCAAGAGGAGUGCCUUUCGCAACGGCGGAUCCACUUCACCGAGACAGAGCUGAAGUGGAAGUGUCCGACCGAAGCCAAUUGCGAGUGUGGCCUCCGCACUCUAGUCGACCUUUACGAUCCGGUAGAUAAUUUCUCUAACCUGGUAGAUCCGGAAAAGGCGAAGAAGCAGCCGUGGAAGACGCCGGAGUCGAUUUGGCAGGCCAUUGUCGUGGACUACACGUCCAGGAGCCUGACCUACGAGACCGACAGGAUAGUGGCGCUGGCGGGGAUAGCUGCCAAGGUUCGAGAGGAACGGCAAGACUACCUUGGGGGCCUAUGGCGUAAGCAGUUAAAUACUACCAUAUUUUGGAAAGCGGCAAGUAGAUGUCACAGAACGAUCGAGUACGUCGCUCCGUCCUGGUCGUGGGCUUCUGUGGUAGGAAAGAUACGAUUUAUACCGCGCUCGAAGGAAGAGCGGUUUAUAUGGGACGUCAUUGAGACGGAAUGCCGUCAGAAUGGUGAUUUUGGAAGGAUCUCUUCAGCGCAUCUCAAGGUUAGGAGCAAGAUUGUCCAUGUCCAAGUGGAAGAGCGGCCGCUGGAUAUGAGAAAGGAGCUUGCGCAGAGUAGAUGGGACAGUGGGGAUGCGGAAGUUAGACCUAUGUGUGAUGGGGUUAAGUACCUGACAGUCAUGCCGGUGCAACGGUCCCCGGAAUGCGCUCCCCCUUUACCUACGAUGUUGGGGUUGGACGUCCAAAGUGAUUGGGAUAUCUUAACUUCAGGCGUGCAAAGCGACUUGCGACUUUUAUGUAUAAGUCUGACAAACGCAUUCUGGAAAUUCAAAUCUGUGGAAAUUGCUAAAUGCCUUCUCCUUAGACGUUCGCCAAAGGAGAGUAGUUCCUGGGAAAGGAUUUGUUAUGUGUGCCUCAAGGGUGGGUGGGAGUCGUGGAAACCUUUCGCCUUUGAAGAAGAGAUUAUUAUCCUGUAAGAAAAAAGAAU